AUGUUGCAGACACAUCUCAGUCGAGUCUUUGACUCGGAGACAAAAGUUGAACCGCCAACAUUCUGGGAAGGUUUAAGCCCGGAAGAACGAAGAGAAUCUGUUGACCAACAGCAAUAUUGGGGGUUCAAAGGUCAAUUCGCCUGGAAUCCCGCCGGUCGGGUGGUGGAAGAAUGGAAUGCAUCCAUAUACCAGAAUUUGCUCAAGCCGCUCUUCAGAGAAAAUACAGCCAAAUUAUUUCGUGGCGUCAGGAAGCAAUGUCUUUAUGACAUCGCUUGUUGGAUGGUCGGCAAUGAGUGGCAGUCGUCUCACCCUGCAGCAAUCAUUCUUUCCGGCGACCCAAAAGUCUCCAGAAACGGCGUAAAAUUGGUCAAGAGGCAUGGCCAGCUGCUCCUCGAAUUCGGAUUCCGCGUAUACGAAUAUGAGAGCGAUAUCUUACCGAGCAUGACCACCUCUUUAAUGGACGAGCUGAACAUUACUACAAGUCUCUGCGGCAUGCGGUUUGUCGUUGGGGGAUCGGACGGCAUGUCCUCUAGAAUGUCAACUCUAGGAGGCGCUGUCAUUCUAGGCGAAGAAUAUUUUGGUGUCACUGUAUUGCAUCCUUUCAUCCAAAGGCAUCAAAGCAAUGAGUCCGACGAAGAUGAUCAAUCCGACUUGAGUGAUAGCGAAGACAAUGCUUCCAGUGUGGGUAUCGAUUUCCAUGCUGAAGGCAUUGCUCUAGAUGCAGACACGAUCUAUCUCCUAGAGCCUGAGUCACAGGGAAGAUUUGUGGGCGCCAUUCCCAAAGAAUCAAGGUCGAGGUAUUUCUCGCCGCAUAUGGAUUGGGCUCUCGUGAAACUGGAAUCGACCACUGGCCUGCUUCUCAAUUUCGCAACCCUUGAUGGCAAGGUUGUCGUUCCAUCGAAAGUAUCGGUGACCUUCCCCAAGGAUCUAGUAUGGGCAAUAGUGAAUUCAGCUACACCUAUACAAACCAGAGUUUCCCCUGUCAUGCACGGGCUAUUCUUGCCUCACUCUGGGCUUCAAGAUGCCUGGGCAUUGAACAUGAAACCAAGUGAGUGCCAAUAUGACCUUUCCUGCAGGGUUUGA